UUGUCAAGCGCGCGUCCGAGAGUGUCCGUCCUCUUCUUCUUAUGGACAGGGACCAACUCCCAAAUCCCAUCCUUGUUUACACCGCUCCUUUUCUUUAUUUGCACGUAGAAAUGAUUUAUCCAGCACCAUGAAGAGCUGAUCAUAUGUAGUUUAGAGGUCUAUAACUCGGGGUUGGAGCAAAGCUGGGAUGGCCUCUAAACUAUUCGACAGACUUCGCCGUACACUGUUCAAAGAAGGGGAGCUUCCUUCAGAGACAGACGGCCACCGAACGGAUGACUUUCCAGAAAGCUCCGAGCUUGAGGAUGACAUGGACUGCGUGUCGGCCAGGCUAGGAGGGACCCUGUGCUUCGAGGGUGAUGGGGUCCUGGACUCUGAGGAUCCGGGAGACACGUCGGGACCAGACAGUGACUCUGACUUUUUUGGAGAGUCCAUAGAUAAUGCAUGUAGCAGCACAGAGACCAGCCCAAUAGGACCUUCCCCCAAAACCUCAAAUAUGAUCACCAGACAACUACAAGAAAACUACAAGAGCUCAAGAACUCGUUGCAUUCCUGAAAAACUCAUUUUUGAGGUGACCGAUGCCAGUGUUGUCCAUGAUACAAAUUCCAAGUAUGUGCUCUACACGAUUCAUGUCAUCCACUCUGGCACAUUUGACAAAACUCCCGCUGUCAUCACGCGGCGCUACACUGACUUCGAACGGCUACACAGCCGCUUGCGCCGGCGACACGGAGACGAGAUGGAUGGCGUCCACUUCCCUCGCAAGAAGCUGCGCAAAAACUUCGCCGCCGAGACCAUUGCCAAGCGCAGCCGGGCGUUCGAGCAGUACCUGACCCACCUUCACUCCCUCCCCGAACUACGGACCACGCCUACGUUCCUCGAGUUCUUCUACCUGGGGGAUCUGCGCGCUGGCCAGAUGCUGAUGCGAGUGGGCCGUUACCAAGAUGCCCUGGGGCCUCUUCUCAACUCUCUGAGACUCCAGGAGAAGUUAGGAUGCCAUCAGAUCCUGCAGCUCAACCAGACGCAGAGGGUUCAUUGGUUCUUCACGCUCUCCGCCUUGGUCAUCUGCUUCCAAGAGCUGGAUCAACUCGGUGAGGCUCAGGAACACUGCGACCGAGCCCUGCAGGAUCUAGCGCCUUCCCAGGAGGCUCUACAGCAGCACCAGUUUCACCCUCUGCUCAUCCCCCUCCUGCAAUCCAACGUCAGGCUGUCCUGGAAGAUCUCGAAGGACAAGAGGCGCUGGGAAGCUCUUCUGCUGGAGAUCCAGGAGCAGGGGAUUGAUCUAGGGACCCAGCCCAACCUGAAGGAGUGUCUCAUUAAAGAGAGCAUCGAGGACAGCGAGGGGCUGGUCAGGGCUAAGAGCAAAAGUGAAGAUGUCCCAUAAGCAUUUAGGAUUCUUUAUAUAUAUAUAUGAAUAUGAGGGAUGUUUCUGAAAGCAAUAUGUAAGAUUAGGUCACUAAAGGAACCUGUGGAAUUAAUAUUAACUCUACACUUUAAAACACAAGGGCACAUUUCAAUUGGGUUUAUCAGCCUUAUUCUUGAAUUGGUGACACUUUACAAUACGACUCAGUUUGUUAACAUUACUUAAUGCCUUACGACUUAAGUAUUAUGAAUUAACGACAAACACUACUUUUAAAGU